AUGUCAUUCAAGCGUGAUAUGGAUACUCAUAAUGCUUUAAAAACGGAAAUUAAAGGACUAAAAUCUGGUUGUAUUGAUGCCUUCAAUUUAAUUGAGAAUUCUCCGGCUGAUACUGUAUUUAUUACACCGGACAACAUAGCAGAAAGAACUCAAACUUACAUUGAAGGACUUAAAACGGAUAUCGAAAAUUCAAAUACUCUAAUAGUGACAGAUGAUAAUUUACUUACUGGUCAGUUUUUAUCUGAAAUCAAACAGAAAACUACAGAACUUAAGGAGUUAAUAGCAUUUACAAAAGGUUCCAUACAUGACACUGAUAAGGAAAUUAUCAGACUUACUACUCUUAUCAAAACAUCACAAGAAGCAAAAGCUUGCCCUAAAGUGCAAAGACAAGAUGUAAACUUAGAACACAUUCAAAAUGCCAAAGAGAGAUUUCAAAUGAUGAAAGAUGAACUUCAUGGGCUAAUACAGUCAUUGUUUCCUGGCAACUUUGAAAUGAUCACAGAAGUAUUAGGACAACUAAUGAUGGAAAAGUUGGAUGAAACAUCAAAUGGAUACAUCAAAGUAACUUCAGAAAAUUAUCAACUUAUAGAACUGUUAAAAGACCUCAAUCUCGUAAUUACUAAUCCUUAUAACAAUAUGGUAGUUAAAUUGGCUUACUGA